AAACACAGAUAACGGUUUUAGGAGAGUUUGCGGAGGCGCAGAUAUUAUGCAGCACCGAGGAGAGGCAGGGGAGCCGCUCUGAAGCCGUCCGCUAUGCCCGGUCUCCGCACACUGUCUGGGGACGACAUGCCGCCGCUGUAGGUGAUCCUCCAAAACGAACGCAGGUGUUUUAUUCCAAGCGAGAGGGUUUUGUUUUUACAUGCUGUCCGUCUGAGCUGGAUACGGAAGGAAGGGGGGGCGGGAGAGACAGCGAGCAACAAGUGGAGUUUGUCCGUGGAGAACAUUUCCCACCAGCCAUGGAAGAGCAGAAGGAGCCCAGCAGCAGCAGCCGGGACUCGACCGAGGAGGAGAGCAUGUCCCUGUCGCCCAACCUCCCAUCCCCUGCCAUGAUCCUGCCCCACCAGGCCGCCCAGCAGGCCCACAGAACCACGAACUUUUUCAUAGACAACAUCCUCCGGCCGGACUUCGGCUGCAGGAAGGAGCCCGGCUACCGGAGCCAGACGCCGGGCCGGGAGAACGUGAACCCGCUGGGGGCGAGGCCGCCACACGCCGGCAGCCUCUGCUUAGAUUCCAACUGCAGCAGCGACAGCACCUCGUCGUCGCCCUCCUCGUCGUCGUCCACGUCGUCGUCGCCUUCGUCCAAGCAGAACUCGUCGAAACAGGGCGAACCAGCGAGCAACGGGACUGGCAGAUACGCAGACAGCCCCUCGUCAAUUAUGGUUAUGAGCGGCGGCAAUGGAGGGUCUCCGCCCAUCACGAAGGAGAGCCAGCCGCUGUUGUGGCCCGCUUGGGUUUACUGUACGCGCUACUCGGACCGACCCUCAUCUGGCCCAAGGACACGGAAACUGAAAAAGAAGAAGAGCAGCAAGGAGGACAAGCGGCCCAGGACAGCGUUCACGGCCGAGCAGCUGCAGAGACUGAAAACCGAGUUCCAGGCCAACCGGUACAUAACGGAGCAGCGGAGACAGUCUCUGGCGCAGGAACUCAACCUGAACGAGUCCCAAAUUAAAAUCUGGUUCCAGAAUAAGAGGGCCAAGAUUAAAAAGGCCACCGGCUACAAGAACGGCCUGGCCCUGCAGCUCAUGGCUCAAGGACUCUACAACCAUUCAACGACCACCGUGCAGGAGGAAAAGGAGGAGAGCGAAUGAGGGGCCGGACACUGGUCUGCUGCGGCACUCUCUGGGCUUUUGGAGAUAAUGAACAAACAAAACAAAACAAAAAAAAGAACUGGAAGUGGGGGAAACGCUAUUUAAAAACACAGAUUUCUGUUUAUGGUAACAGUAUAUGGACAUAAUUAUAUAAAUGAACGAUCGUUAUUAAAGUUUAUAUAGCCACACAGUUAUCAUGUUGUAUACGGUAUAUUUAAUUUCAGGCUCAUCCCGAUCUUUUCUGUGUGUUUCACUGUUUUUAGGAUUUGGCUCUAUAGGAUUAUUGUGGUCUAAUGUCUCCCUCCAUAUUUGCGCCAUAUUUUUUUCUCCCUUCCACACAUCAGUCCGCAGACGCAAACAAGCCAAAGAUUUUAAUAUGUUCACAUGUAGUCUGAAAUAAUAAAACAAACGAGAGAGAGAACGGUA